CACACGUCUGUCUGCCCUCGCUGUGCAGCCAUGGCCUCCGCCUCCUCGUGGCGCCAGAGCAAGCCGGCCUGCAUGCAGCGUUUCAUCUGUGAAGUGCACAUGCAGGAAGACCACGAGCUGGCCAAGGCCGGCGACGUCGAGAAAAACGUUGCCAACACGCUAAGACGGUUCACCCUGGAGCUACCGGACAGCGCCGCCUACCAGUACACGUACGCGGCGCACAUGGGCCGGCUGAUGCGCGACUCGCCCAGUUCCAGCUGCCACGAGAUGUUCAGCUCGUGCCCCUUCAGCCGCGAGGACAUGCUACUGCUGAUGCAGUCGCUUACCGUCUCCAAACCUAGUCUGGCGUGAAGGGCGUCCGUUGGUCCACCCUGGGUCCGCCUGUCUGUGAAGCGCGUGUAGUGUUCGUCUUGCGACGCUUGAGAUGGGCCAAACUAGAAGUGAAGUUUCCGGGGCAGUUGCUAGCCCUGGGCCUCUUCCUCAACUCAGUUCUUCUUUCAUUUUCUUGAACUUUUUAGCCAGUUCCCUGAAGUUAUAUUGUUCAAACCGCUAGGAUGUACGUUUUUAGACAUGGUGAUUAAACGCUCGCUUAGCGCCUCACCAACUCAUCUCGCGGAACUGCGCCCUCGGGCCUAAGCCUAGCAAAAGUCAAGCGCUAAGAGGUUCCCCGGUGUUGGAUCGGUCGAACGCCAGACUGCAGACUGCCGAGUCUGAUGGGCGGUGAUAGGACGCUACCGAGUCUGAUGAGCGGUGAUAGGAUGCUUUUCGCUGGCUUUCGACCUCUAGUCAAGCCACCCAGUUGUAAUUCCCGUUCCAAGGAAUCCGGGGUGACGAGCUAAUGCAUGUGUAGUGUGUGUCCAGUCAGGCGGCCGGCCCGACGAACUGUGGCUCUGACCUGGACAGAUUUCAGUAAUCGGUAAAAGUCUCUGUCUUUUGAUGUUGAAGGCAGUUGUGCGUACAGGAUGCCUUAGCGGGUGUGGUGCAGGCGUAUGUGAAUGUGGUUCUGUGCUUUUCGUAUAAAUGCAUUCCACGAUAA